AUGAUCCACUUCCACAACAUUCUGGUGUUGUGGGUUGUUUUAUUUGGGUUCUUCACAACUGGGGUUUAUUCCAAGACUAAUUCCCAAGAUGUCUCUUCCCUUAAUGUGAUGUAUAACAGCAUAAACUCUCGUUCGAAACUAAGUGGUUGGAAAUCAAGUGGAGGUGACCCUUGCGGCGAUUCCUGGAAAGGGAUAAAAUGCUCAGGCUCAUCUGUAACUGAAAUAGAUCUGUCUGACCUUGGGCUCAGUGGAUCAAUGGGCUACCAGCUUGCAAGCUUAACAUCUGUCACUCGCUUUGAUUUAAGCAAGAACAACCUCAAUGGCGAUAUACCGUACCAACUGCCUCCUAAUGCAAAGUACAUAGAUCUUUCUCAAAAUGGCUUCACAAAUACUGUGCCAUAUUCAAUAUCUCAGAUGUCUGACCUUGAAACUCUAAAUCUUGGUCGUAACAAGCUCAAUGGACAGUUGACUGAUAUGUUUGGGAAACUUACUAAACUCAAAGAGCUUGAUUUAUCGUACAACUCAAUGACUGGCAACUUGCCUCAGAGUUUUGGAAAGCUCUCAAGCCUGAAAAAAUUGAAUCUGCAGAACAAUCAAUUUACUGGUCAAAUCACUCUACUUGUGUACACUCCCGUUGAGGACCUGAAUAUUGAAAACAACCGCUUUUCUGGCUGGAUCCCUAACGAGUUGAAGGGUAUAAACAUAAAGUCUGGAGGAAAUUCUUGGUCUUCUGGACCAUCUCCACCUUCUCCCCCUGGUGCACGCCGUAAUAGAGGAGGAGGGUCUUCCUCACAGAGUGGUGGGGGGAAGUCUUCUGUAGCCACCGGAUUAACCAUAGCUGGGAUAGCUCUGGCCAUAUUGUUGGUGCUCGCAAUUAUAAUUGCCCUUUUUUCAAGAAGAAGACGUCCUUCUACUUCACACCUCCUUGAUGAUGACAGGCUUAGCCAGCGUAAAUCCUUUGGUGCCUCUUAUUCAUCUAAGGAACUAUCUAGAGAACUGAAUUCUUCAUUCAGAAAUAAAGAUCCUGGAGCCGUUUCAAUUGACAUAAAGCCUGUUUCAAAAUCUCCAUCAAUUGGUUUUAAGUCGCUUUCUGGACGUUUACAAUCCUUUGCCAGAAGAAGCACCUCUGUAAAAGCUACGAAUUACGCUUUGGCAGAUUUGCAGGUUGCUACUGCUAACUUUGCACCCGCUCGCCUUCUUGGGCAGGGUACCAUUGGACGUGUCUAUAGGGCUAAAUAUGAUGAUGGGAAGGUUUUGGCAGUGAAAAAGAUUGACUCCUCACUGUUUCAAGGCUCAGCGCCACAAGAAUUUUCUGACAUUGUUGUAAAUAUCUCCAAGAUUCGCAAUGCCAACAUCGCCGAACUUGUUGGUUAUUGUUCAGAACACGGGCAUAACAUGUUAAUUUAUGAGUACUUCAGGAAUGGCUCGCUUCAUGAAUUCUUACACAUGUCAGAUGACUACAGUAAUCCCCUAACUUGGAACACAAGAGUCAGAAUUGCUUUAGGCACUGCCCGGGCUGUUGAGUACCUCCAUGAAGGCUGCUCUCCAUCCACAGUUCACAAGAACAUCAAAUCAUCUAAUAUUUUGCUUGACAUCGAACUCAAUCCUCGUCUCUGCGAUUAUGGCUUGGCAACCUUCCAUCAGCGUACUAGUCAAAACCUUGGGAUGGGAUACAAUGCUCCAGAAUGCACAAAGCCAUCAGCCUAUACAGCAAAGAGUGAUGUUUACAGUUUUGGGGUAGUCAUGUUGGAGUUAUUGACGGGUCGUAUGCCGGUUGACAGUUCAAAACCACCUGUGGAGCAGUGCCUUGUCCGGUGGGCAACCCCACAGCUCCAUGAUCUUGACGCCUUGUCAAAAAUGGUGGAUCCUGCUCUCCGUGGACUCUACCCUCCCAAGUCAGUCUCGCGGUUUGCUGACAUCAUUGCCCUCUGUGUUCAGCGGGAGCCUGAAUUCCGGCCACCUAUGUCAGAGGUGGUGCAACAGUUAGUGCGGUUAGUUCAGCGCUCUAGUAUGAACAUGAGAGAGGAUCUUGGUCUCGGGGCGUCUCGUCACUCGAGUGCCAUGAGCAGCACGAAAGAGGAUCUUGCAGCUUCUCGCAGGUUGACCGACUUUUGA